AUGUCAACUAUCGACAAACAACAAAGCGAUCUAUCAAACCUUCCGGAACAGGAACAAUUGAUAUUUCUAUUUUACAACUGUGAGGUGAGCAGCCAUCCAUUCGUUCAGCAUGACAAGAUUGGUGGAUCGACCCACUACAAGAUUAUAAAAUCCCUUGCUAACCAACAUCCUUCGAUCCGCUUUGAUAUGACCAGACCAAGUUUCAAUCGAAAAGCAAAAGAAAUCAUGAAGAUGGCAGAAGCAGCAAAACAGCUACGAAGUGGUGGAAAAGUUUCAUUGAGCGCAACAAUGAAAAAGAAGAAUGAAGCGAUCGCAAAGCUCGGUGGGAAGGCGGAAGCAAUUCUUGACUCUCCUCCAGCUCCACACCUGUAUUCACAAUGGGUCCACUCCGAAUAUGUUCCAGGCACUCAGAAGACUAAGAGUGUUGUUGUGACCAUGCAUCGGUUUCUGAUGUUCAGCAUGGUGACCAUCGGUUCCUUCAAGAAAGAAUGGGAGACGGCUCGCCGACUCCGUAUCGAGGUUGCAUUCCCAGCGUACUUCACCAAUGGCCUUGUCACCAGUGCGACGCUUGUGGACAGCAAAGGGAUGAAGUUGAUGGAAGGGGACCAUGCUGCUAUAUCCGCUGGCUUUGAACGUAGUGCGAAGGAGCAGACCGAGCCUGGCAAGAAGCAACCUCACAGUACCUUCUACAUCACAUACGAAGAAGACCAAGAUACGAAGGAAUUCUUCGAUAUAGGCGAGGGUCAUAGAGGUUUCUACCUUCAACCUGGAAAGGCCAGGAGGGCCGAUGGGAAGAUUUGCGACUUUGAGGAGCUGUGCGUUGUCACCAAGGAGUACUUUGAGGAAGAAGAGGAUCCUGAUGCAGAUGAGAUCAUAGAAAGAGCUCAUGAAGCUGCAAUUUUUGAUCCACAAAGCAUGUGGGGCGGAGCAAAUGCAAAUGCAAAUUCAAAUCACGCGCCAGCCAAUAACGCCAACGGUUCUCAGAAUUCAAACAAUAACUUCCACCACAAUAAUGUCCAGCAACCUACCAGUACGCAUACUGCCAGGACGGCUACCACCACCAACACCUCCUUCGCUCCACCGCCACAAGCCAACCACACGGUCCAGCAACCUACACAUACCACCAAGACGGCUACCACCACCAACACCUCCUUCGCUCCACAGCCACAAGCCAACCACAAUGUCCAGCAACCUAGAUACACCGCCAAGACAGCUACCAACAACAACGUCUCCUUUGUUCCACAGCCAAAUGCUGGUGUUCAACAUCCUACAAGCGCCGCUUCCGACAUGGAGAAAAUGAUGCAAGCAAUCACAAUGCAAAUGGCACAGAUGCAAGCAAACCUAACAGCACAGAUGCAGCAGCAGGAGCAACGAGUGCAGCAGCAAGUGCAGCAAGUGAAUCAGCAUGUGCAGCAGCAAGUCAAUCAGCAAGUGCAGCAGCAAGUCAAUCAAGUCAAUCUGGGAUUGCAGCAGCAAGUGCAAACUACAGAGCGUUCUAUUGCUAAUUACUUGCAAGAAAACCAAACACGCGUUGAUGCACGAGUUGAUACUUUGAGUGAUGUUGUUGCUAAAAAGCCAGCGUCCCGGCCUCAGCAGAAAAGACUUGCUGCUGAUUCGGCGCAGCUUUCAGUCACCAGCAAAAGCAAAAGAGCAAGGCAAUCUAUUGUAUCUGGUGGAGACGAGGAUGAUGACAGUUUGUUCUCCGAUACCUCACAAAACUUCGUACCAACCGUCCCCGACAACAUUCAAGUUCAGACUGUGGCGACCAUUCAGACUUGA